UCUCAAAGUGUGUUCGCACAGGGGGCGCACGUUAACACCAAGGCAUGCCAACACAGCAACCCACGGACAACAGUUAAAAAAAUAGGCAGACAAUAGAUUUUGCCCAUCACUUCCCUCAUCCUCUCCAAUUAACUUCACACCAGAUAGCCUUAUCUUCUGAAUUUUUACCCCCAAUCCCACAACCAUGGCUUCCGCAUUUUCUUCUUGCUCUGUUUUCCAGGCCGUCUUCAGCAAAGAUAUCCCCAGUUUGCCAAGGACGCCUAUGGUUUCUUGUAUUGGAAAGACCCCAACUUUAAGCUGCCAUGGACGAGGCUUGGCGUCAAAAUCCCAUUAUGCCUCUUGUUUUUCUAUCACACCACUUUCUAAAGCAAGUUCAGCUGGUCACCGAAGAUUGAUGUGUGUUAACUCUAUGGUAAAUGAGGUAGAGCUGCAAGCGAAAGUGACAACCAAAUGCUUCUUUGAUGUAGACAUCGGGGGUGAACCUGUAGGUAGGAUAGUAAUUGGCCUCUUUGGAGAAGUAGUUCCAAAGACUGCUGAGAACUUCCGCGUCUUAUGUACAGGAGAGAAAGGAUACGGUUACAAAGGAUGCUCUUUCCAUCGUAUUAUUAAAGAUUUCAUGAUCCAAGGAGGGGAUUUCACUGAGGGAGAUGGAACGGGAGGAAUCAGUAUCUAUGGCUCUAGUUUUGAAGAUGAGAACUUUGCCUUGACUCAUGUUGGACCUGGGGUAUUGAGCAUGGCCAAUGCUGGUCCCAAUACCAAUGGCAGUCAAUUUUUCAUUUGCACCGUAAAGACUCCAUGGUUGGACAGACGCCAUGUUGUGUUUGGACAUGUCAUUGACGGAAUGGAUGUUGUGCGGAAUCUCGAGUCUCAAGAGACAAGCAGGUCAGAUUACCCAAAGUUGACAUGCAGAAUUAUAAAUUGUGGGGAGUUGCCCAUGGACAGCUGAUCUGCCAUCUGACUAAAUAAUACCUUUGAUCUUUUUUUCUCUAGUUUUGUCGCCUUUUGGGGUAUGUAAUGGCUUUACCAAAUAGGCUUGUAUGUGAGAUUAUUAGUUUUGUAUUGGCUGAGAAAUUAAGAGGGAAUUCUACAAGCUCUUCCACAUAGCUUCUUAAUUUAUCCAUCUUUAUGCAA